CGCAAACUUCGAGCGGCUGCCCAAGCAGCAGCUCAAUCAAUGAGUAUGAUAUUCCCCUUCCUGCCUUUCCUGCUAAUUCUUCUUUGGCUGCUUGCCAGGGCGUGCGUGCGUGCGAAAUUGAAUCCGUGAUGAGCGCGAAUAUUAAUUUCCGUUUAGGGAAUGCCGCACCUCCGCUCCCCGAUGCCUCUGACGAAGAAAUGAUCGAAGCACCGCCGUCGCGUGGCUCCUCGCCUGCUAUGCCAGAUCCUGGCGAUGCGUCGGACAAGGAUCCGGAUGUGGAAGGCCCAACGGACCCGGCCCCCGAAGACGAAGAGGCGGCAACACCUGCACAAGAUUCCAACGCGCCAUCCCGGGGCGACACACCAACUCGCACUGGAGGUCGCAUCUCAGCCAUCCCGCGCAAGCGUCGCAUAGGUCGCCCCCCCAAGAACCGCCCCCCAGACUGGGAUGCGCCCGACGACGGUUCCGCCCCCGCGCCGAUUCAUGUGAGCACGCCUGUCAAGAGGAGACGAGGACGACCUGCUGCCAGCGGUGGACGUUGGGCGCGAAAUCGCGGACCGUCGCAUGUUACGCAGGUUCCAAUCGACAAGGAAGGAAACAUGAUGGAUGUCAUCGACGAUGAAGUGGCCCUGCCCGACGACCCUGAGGGUGAGACGAAGGUCGACAAGUGCGGGAAUCUGCUGGGUGGCCGAGAUUACAGAGUUCGCGUCUUCACACUUCUGAACCGUGGCGACCGGAAGUACAUGUUGUCUACAGAGCCGGCCCGCUGCAUCGGAUUCAGGGACUCAUACCUGUUCUUCCAGAAACACAAGUUCUUGUACAAGAUCAUCAUCGACGAUGACGCGAAGCGCGAUUUGAUCGAAAGAGAAAUCAUCCCACACUCCUACAAAGGUCGAGCUAUCGGCGUGGUCACUGCCAGAUCCGUGUUUCGGGAAUUUGGCGCCAAGAUUAUCGUUGGAGGUAAAAAGGUCGUCGACGAUUAUCAUACCCAGGCUGCGAGAGAACGGGGAGAUGUGGAAGGUGAACUCGCUGUCCCCGAGGACAGACUUCCGGGCCCGGGAGAAUCUUAUAACAAGAACCAGUAUGUCGCAUGGCAUGGAGCCAGUAGCGUCUACCACACUGCCACACCCGCAGCCCCCUUGCCCACGGGUAAGGUGGUGGAUUCAAAGAAGCGCAAGGUCACAGUCACAGGCGACAAUUGGAUGCUUGAGCACGCUCGCGAAGCAAGCAACUUCAACAGCCUUCUCUCCCAGACCCGCCGCAUGAAUCUGGAUGGUCAAUAUGACAUCCACACCAACCUCAUGCAGUACCCAAAGAUCAUGCAGCCCUCUCAUGCUCGCUGGGAGCGAGUACCGCCUCCUGACCCGCGCCUUGCGAGUCGACUGGCACAGGGAAUGUCGACCCUCAGGUUGACGAAUGGUAAAGACACCAACGAGUCAACUGUUGUGGCGGAUAGGGAAGCCGAUGAAUCGAUGGAUGACGCCGGCGACACGACGGCAGUAACAACAACCGAAACGACCGAUCCUGAAACCACUACCAUAUUCUCCUCUGUCCCCAUGGCUCUUUCUCGUCGCUUCGCCAUCCACGAUGUCCAUUUUGAAACCGCCCCGCAUUCAGGUCUCGGCAUUCCCGGCCCGGACGGUGAUGUCCACGAUGUCGGCUCCAAUGGAUUCCUCAGCGUCGCUGAUCCAAAGAAUGCCGAGUUCAUGAGUCCGGAAAUCCUUGCGGAACUCCCGCCGGACUGCCAGGAAGCUCUUCUUGAUGCCGCCGCAAAUGAAUUGCAUUGGAAGUCGAAAUGGGCCAGCGAGGCCACUGACGGAGCCCGUAGCAAUCCGCUCAAGAGCUACGCCUGGUUCCCUUGAUGUGUGCCACGUUCUCCUUCCCCUUCCCAGGGCCAAUCCUGCAGGCAAAAUUGAAUAGCUAGCUAUUCUGAGCCAUACCCCAUCGCGU